CAAAUUAUUUUCACUCUCUUCUUUCAAAGGCAUCAAAGGCAUCUCCAUUCAUUCAUUCAAAGAAAAUGCUUGAAUUACCCUCAAAAGCAUCUAAUCCUCCACGAUCUCUCUCUCACUCUCAUUCUCACUCUCUCUCAACAGACCUCAAAGCUUCAGUGUCUUUAAUGGCAGAACCAGAAGGCAAGCCAGAGCCUAAAGAAGUUGAAGAAAACCCCGAGCCUCCUCUCAUUUACAAGACGUGGAUUUUGAAAGUCUCCAUUCACUGCGAAGCUUGCAAGAGGAAAGUUAAACGAGUUCUCAAGGACGUUGAAGGAGUCUAUGAAACGGAUAUCGAUUUAAAGCAACAGAAAGUUGUUGUGAAAGGUAACGUCGAAUCAGAAACUUUGAUAAAGAAAUUGUUGAAGACAGGGAAGCACGCGGAGCUAUGGCCGGAAAAAGGAAAAAGUAAAGGAAAAUCGAAGAAGAAAGAGAAAAAUAGCGAUUCCGAAAGCUCCGACGAAAGCAGCGGCCAUGAAGACGAAAAAGAGAAGGUGAAAUUCGAAGUACAAGAUCCGACGAAAAAUGGAGACCCGGCUGGGAAGAUAAUCGGCGGCAGCGGCGACAGUCAAGCAAAACAGCCUGGUACUGCACCAGCCGGUGAUGGCCAGACCAGCGGCGGUGGAGGUAAAAAAAAGAAGAAGAAAAAGAAGAAGAAGAGCGGCGGCGGUGGCGGCGGCAAUGCCAGCGUUGAAGCUCCCGGUGGUCAUCCAGCAAACGGAGUACCACCAGCCGGUGCAGAUCCGGGUCAUCUAGAACCCGGUCCACAACCUGCACCCGGCCCGCUUCCAAUUAUAGCCAAUGAAAGCCCUCCACGUCACUUUGUGACUCAAUACGCACCGCAUUACAUUGCGCACCCAGUUUAUUCGGUGCGGUACAGUACAGCAUACGCAACGUGUUCUCAGCCACAGCGCGAAUCAUAUUAUGCCACGCCGCAGCAAUAUUCUUAUGCGUACGUGCAUCCAGGUGUACGACCUCAGCUUGAUUCUCCACCGUCCGAUUUUGAGCCAUAUUCAUCACAUCCGUCUGAUUCUCUCGAGAUAUUCAGUGAUGAAAAUCCGAAUGGCUGCUCAAUUGUGUGAGGGGUUUUUUAAAUUUUUGCUCCGAAAUUACCAUAUUGGACACCGUAAAUGCAAAAUGUUGAACUAUUGUAGGAGUAUGUAGAGGGGUACUUGUGUAAUGUACAGGUGGCUUCUGUUUUGAACACAUUUUGUUUGGCUACAUCUCGAAUUGGUUAAAUUAGAGCAAUACUUGGUGAAUCUAAA